AUGGCGUCCACACCGCGGAAAACCUCGACGCCGAUCCGGCGUAUUUCGAGCGGCUCUUUCUUGCCGCUCGGAUCGCGGUCACAGCAUCCGCAUACCCCGCUGUCUUUUCUUGCGGACGAAGCGCUGCCUAUCCUUGCCGAGGAGAUGAGUGCGCUGCAAGAGAAUUUGCAGCAGACGCUUGAGAUCCAGCAUGCGCUUUCGACGUUUAACGAGGGAUUUGCGACGUUUUUGUAUGGGAUUAAAAUGAACGCAUUCUGUGUAGAGUGGCCGGAGGCACCAUCCGAAGAGGAUAUUCUGCGUGUCCAGGCACGGCGUGGUAUGUUGUGGAGUUUGCUCACGUUAGCACUUUCGGCCGCAGUACCGAUGCCCGCACAAGUAGAAUACGAUGCAGAGGCGGACCAGACAUACAGGACAGAUACGGAUGCGGAAAGCGGGCCAAUUCGGCAACGCAAGCAAUCGGUGCGCCAAAGCACGGUACCGCGUGCCCAACAAACAGCGAAAGAGUCGCGCGCGUUGUUGCGGUCUAGUAAGAGUGUUUCUAAAAGCACCACGUCGACCGCUCCUCGGCGGCGCAAGGCAUUUGCCGACCAAGUGUUGGAUACAAUGCCGCUCGAAUACCGGAAUGGAGAACAGCAACGCGAGGUAGUUCAGAGUGUGAUUCUUGCGCUGCUUUCUGCAAGUGGCACAGGCUUGCGCGUUGCGGAUAUUGCAAAACAGCCCGUGCUGCCAGCAGGCAAAGUCAACAAAGCUUUGAUUGCACUACUUGCCGCAAACCAUGUGGUACGCGCCUCGAAUAAUGUAUGGCGUCGUCUAUCGACUUAA